AUGUCUAAUUCAAAUAAUAAAGCAUCUUACAUAAAGCCAUUCCUCUUUGGAGGCAUCUCAGGAUGCACAGCGGUUGCAAUUAUCAUGCCUUUGGAUACAUGGAAGGUCAGACUCUAGAUUUAUAGCGAGAGCAAAGGGAUAAUGGCAAAGGAGAUGCACAGAGUGGAGGGAUUGAAAGGGUUCUAUCAAGGGUUGGGAUCUGCGAUGUUGAGACAAUUGACUUAUGCCACUGCUCGACUGGGAAUUUACAAGGUGAUUGUAGAUGAGGUUAAGAUCAAUCAAAAAAGAGAUCUGAGUUUCUUGGAGAAAGUGGGUGCAUCAUCUUUUUCUGGUUUGUGUGGAGCUUUGAUUGGCAAUCCUACAGAUAUUUGUUUGGUAAGAUUUUAGGCGGAUGCAACUCUGCCAGUAGCAGAACGCAGAAAUUACAAAAACGCUUUUGAUGCUUUAUAUCGAAUAACGAAGGAGGAGGGAUUGCCCACUUUAUGGAGAGGGUCAACACCCACAGUAUUAAGAGCAAUUGCAAUAACAGUGGGUUAAUUGACAACUUACGAUGAGAUUAAGCAAUGGUGUAUGAAAAUAUUCUUAAGAAAGAAGGAGACUAUGCCUGAUCGAAUCAUGGCAUCUGUUGGAGCUGGUGUAGUCACAUCUGUGUUAUCCUUACCUUUCGACAAUAUGAAGACCAAACUUUAGAAGAUGAAGGUGGAUGCGAAUGGAAAGUACCCGUAUUCAGGAGUUGCUGAUUGUUUUCUGAAGACUAUUCAAAGAGAGAAGAUAUCAGGGUUGUGGGUGGGAUUGCCUGUUUAUUUUGCGAGAGUGGCUCCUUAGUCGAUAAUCAUAUUGUUGGUGUAGGAUUUGCUUCAUCAUGUGUUUGAGAAGCAUUGAUUAAUUUGUUUAUUUUUGGUUCACAAUUUAAAUUUAAUGUA